AUGGAGGAGAGGGCCAACUAUAUCGAACGAGCAGAAAAACCACCACCACCAUCGCUAGAAACACCAAAUAAUAAGAAACAAGCUAAUGGUGAUUCUGUGGCGGUAGAGCCAGCAAAGACUGUGAAUCCUUCACCGGGAUUUUUGGAACCUGAGAUGAAAAUGAAUGCUGACGAUGUGAAUAUGCUCCGAUCAGAAUCGGUCAACUCGGUGAACUCCCCUUCAGGACGUUCCAGUCGACUUGGACGAGUCUUCGCCGCAAGACAUGAAAAGGACACGAAAAAUAGGGGAAAUCAACCACGA